AUGGCGUUUACCAAAGUUUGUGUCCUGGAUGUUGUCCAUCAUGGGGGUGCCUGGGGCUUUGUUAUCAACCCUGAUAUUAUCAAUCCUAACUAUUACAGGAAGAACUUCAGCUGUGAUUCAUGUCAUGGUGAAGCUACCUGCCAGGAGUCACGAGAAAGAGGUGACUCCUUUGCCAGCCAGGCGCUUUCUUGUGUCUGUAAAGAUGGCUUUGUAGGUGACGGUCUCACCUGCUACAGCAGAAAACACUGCAGUGAGUCUUCUUGCUGUAGCCAAGGUUAUUACUGGUCGCCAGACCGCGGCUGUGUGGACACUGACGAGUGCUCCCUCCCAGACUCGCCCUGUGCUCCAUCUCAGGUUUGCCAAAACACACCAGGCUCUUUCAAAUGCACAGAACCUUCCUCCAGAACCAGAUCAGGCUCCUCUUUCCAGUCUGUCCAGUUCAACUGUGGACAUGAUGUUUGUCCCUUAGGUAUGGACUGCAUUGGAAAUAAUGGAACUAGUUGUGCUGACCCCUGUGACCACUACACUGUAGUGGAUGAUGAGUGGCGUUCAACUAAUAAUACAAUGAAUCAGAUCCACUGUGAUCAACAUGUUAACUGGCAAGGCUGGUAUCGCCUGUUCCUGGGGCAAAGAAGUGCUCAUAUUCCUGAGAGAUGUGUGGCUGAGAACAGAUGUGGAACCGAUGCUCCUCUGUGGAUAACAGAACCUCACCCCACACAGUCAAAUGAAAUUGUGAAUCGCACUGUGUGUAAUUCCUGGAGCGGCAGCUGCUGCCAAUUUCCCUCACACAUCAUCCAGGUCAAGCUCUGCUAUGGAAACUACUAUGUCUACAAACUUGUGAAGCCAUCCACAUGCAGUCUUGCAUAUUGCGCAGACGUUAACAGAACAGAACCUGCAUUUAUUUCAACCACACCUGAUCCAAGACCACAAAACUCCACCAUCCCAGCCUCUGCCACACAAACACCAAGUAACAACACAGCAGUUGAGGGUCAGGUCCGUCUGGCUGAUGGAGGAAACAGCUCCUGCUCUGGUAGGGUGGAGAUCUUCCAGCGAGGACAGUGGGGCACAGUGUGUGAUGAUGGCUGGGACCUGGCUGAUGCUAACGUGGUGUGCAGACAGUUGGGCUGUGGCAGGGCUCGUAAUGCAUCACUAAAUGCAGCUUUUGGACGGGGCAGUGGACCCAUCUGGUUGGAUGAUGUUAUGUGCACAGGCAGCGAAUCAGAGCUCAAUGAGUGUAGACACAGAGGGAUUGGAUCUCAUGACUGUGGUCACCAUGAAGAUGCUGGUGUGGUGUGUGAAGGUGGUCCACCAGUGAGGCUGGUCAACUCUGACAACCGCUGCUCUGGCAGAGUGGAGGUCUACCAUGAAGGACAGUGGGGGACAGUGUGUGAUGAUGGCUGGGAUCUGAAUGACGCUAACGUGGUGUGCAGACAGUUGGGCUGUGGCAGGGCUCGUUCAGCACUACAAAAUGCCGCUUUUGGACAGGGCAGCGGACCCAUCUGGUUGGAUGAUGUCUUUUGUUUUGGAUACGAAUCAUCGAUAACAGAGUGCAGACAUCAAGGAUUUGGGGUCCACAACUGUGGUCACAUUGAAGAUGCCAGUGUUGUUUGUGAAUUCCAGCAUCCUCCACUCCAGCGUCCCCAACUUAUUUGUGGCCGUGAUAAACUCCAAAUAGGCCUGGAUUUGGCCAGCAUGACAUCCUCUGGUUUGAACCCAUUCACUGGCAACCUGGCAGUCCGCAACUGCUCCUCAGUCAGAGUGCAUGAUGGUGUAGUUUGGUAUGAAGUGGAGACCCGGGCAGGAGCCUGUGGAAACACACUGACGACCAACCACACACAUGCUAUAUACUCCAACAGUUUAUUCAUCUAUCCAAUGAACAACACGUACUUCGUUGUACCUGUGAGUGUUCCCUUCUCCUGUGCCUAUCCCUUGAUCACAGACGCCAGCCUGAAUGUGGCUAUCAGACCCUUCCUGGAACUGGCAGGUGGCAUUUCAGGCUCAGGUACCAAAGCCAGAGCAUCCAUGUCUCUGUUCCGCAACUCCGACUACACAGAGAUUUAUCCAGCAGGACGGGUGACCCUACCAGUGGGCUCUCCGUUGUUCGUGGGGGUCUCUUUAGAUGAGAGGGAUACAAACUUUGCAGCUGUUCUGGAGGACUGCUACGCCACUCACUCAUCAAACCCUGAUGAUCCCAUGCGAUACUCUCUCAUCCAGAACAAGUGUCCCACUGACCACCAACAGGUGUCAGUAGUCGAGAGCGGCUCAUCUCGCAUGGCUCGUUUCUCUGCCCUGUUCUUCCUGUUCCAGGAUGAAUACCGAGACGUUUUCCUUCACUGCAGCCUCAGCCUGUGUGACCAGGAGAGCUCCUCCUGUGUUCCAUCUUGCACAAGGAGGACACGUCGUUCUAUUUCGACCUCUGCUCCUAUGAAGCCACACACUAUUGGACCAAUCAUGUGGGAAAAGUCACCGGAGUGGUUUGUGUCCUGGAUGUUGUCCAUCAUGGGGGUGCCUGGGGGUUUGUUAUUCAUCCUAAUUUUGCAGAUUAUUACAGGAAACACUUCAGGGAUUCUUGUCUCAAGUUGUGAUUCAUGCCACAAUGAAGCCAUGUGCCAGGAGUCACGAGAAAGAGGUGACUCCUUUGCCAGCCAGGCGCUUUCUUGUGUAUGUAAAGAUGGCUUUGUAGGUGACGGUCUCACCUGCUACAAUACAAAACUCUGCAGUGACUCUUCUUGCUGCAGCCAAGGUUAUUACUGGUCACCAGACAGCGGCUGUGUGGACACUGACGAGUGCUCUCUCCCAGACUCGCCCUGUGCUCCAUCUCAAGUUUGCCAAAACACACCAGGCUCUUUCAAAUGCACAGAACCUUCCUCCAGCACCAGAUCAGGCUCCUCUUUCCAGUCUGUCCAGUUCAACUGUGGACAUGAUGUUUGCCCCUUAGGUAUGGACUGCAUUGGUAAUAAUGGAACUAGUUGUGCUGACCCCUGUGACCACUACACUGUAGUGGAUGAUGAGUGGCGUUCAACUAAUAAUACAAUGAAUCAGAUCCACUGUGAUCAACAUGUUAACUGGCAAGGCUGGUAUCGCCUGUUCCUGGGGCAAACCAGUGCUCAUAUUCCAGAGAGAUGUGUGGCUGAGAACAGAUGUGGAACCAACGCUCCUCUGUGGAUAACAGAACCUCACCCCACACAGUCAAAUGAAAUUGUGAAUCGCACUGUGUGUAAUUCCUGGAGCGGCAGCUGCUGCCGAUUUCCCUCACACAUCAUCCAGGUCAAGCUCUGCUAUGGAAACUACUAUGUCUACAAACUUGUGAAGCCAUACGGAUGCAAUUUUGCAUACUGCGCAGACGUUAACAGAACAGAACCUGCAUUUAUUUCAACCACACCUGAUCCAAGACCACAAAACUCCACCAUCCCAGCCUCUGCCACACAAACACCAAGUAACAACACGACAACUGAGGGUCAGGUCCGCCUGGCUGAUGGAGGAAACAGCUCUUGCUCUGGUAGGGUGGAGAUCUUCCAGAGAGGGCAGUGGGGCACAGUGUGUGAUGAUGGCUGGGACCUGGCUGAUGCUCAGGUGGUGUGCAGACAGUUGGGCUGUGGCAGGGCUCGUAAUGCAUCACUAAAUGCAGCUUUUGGACGGGGCAGUGGACCCAUCUGGUUGGAUGAUGUUAUGUGCACAGGCAGCGAAUCAGAGCUCAAUGAGUGUAGACACAGAGGGAUUGGAUCUCAUAACUGUGGUCACCAUGAAGAUGCUGGUGUGGUGUGUGAAGGUGGUCCACCAGUGAGGCUGGUCAACUCUGACAACCGCUGCUCUGGCAGAGUGGAGGUCUACCAUGAAGGACAAUGGGGGACAGUGUGUGACGAUGGCUGGGAUCUGAAUGAUGCUAACGUGGUGUGCAGACAGUUGGGCUGUGGCAGGGCUCGUUCAGCACUACAAAAUGCCGCUUUUGGACAGGGCAGCGGACCCAUCUGGUUGGAUGAUGUCUUUUGUUAUGGAUAUGAAUCAUCGAUAACAGAGUGCAGACAUCAAGGAUUUGGGGUCCACAACUGUGGUCACAUUGAAGAUGCCAGUGUUAUCUGUGAAGUGGACCCAUCUGUGAGGCUGGUCAACUCUGACAACCGCUGCUCUGGCAGAGUGGAGGUCUACCAUGAAGGACAGUGGGGGACAGUGUGUGAUGAUUACUGGGAUCUUAAUGACGCUAACGUGGUGUGCAGACAGUUGGGCUGUGGCAGGGCUCGUUCAGCACUACAAAAUGCCGCUUUUGGACAGGGCAGCGGACCCAUCUGGUUGGAUGAUGUCUUUUGUUUUGGAAACGAAUCAUCGAUAACAGAGUGCAGACAUCAAGGAUUUGGGGUCCACAACUGUGGUCACAUUGAAGAUGCCAGUGUUGUUUGUGAAGUCCAUCCUCCACUCCAGCGUCCCCAACUUAUUUGUGGCCGUGAUAAACUCCAAAUAGGCCUGGAUUUGGCCAGCAUGACAUCCUCUGGUUUGAACCCAUUCACUGGCAACCUGGCAGUCCGUAACUGCUCCUCAGUCAGAGUGCAUGAUGGUAUAGUUUGGUAUGAAGUGGAGACCCGGGCAGGAGCCUGUGGAAACACACUGACGACCAACCACACACAUGCUAUAUACUCCAACAGUUUAUUCAUCUAUCCAAUGAACAACACGUACUUUGUCGUUCCUGUGAGUGUUCCCUUCUCCUGUGCCUAUCCCUUGGUCACAGACGCCAGCCUGAAUGUGGCUAUCAGACCCUUCCUGGAACUGGCAGGUGGCAUUUCAGGCUCAGGUAUCAAACCCAGAGCAUCCAUGUCUCUGUUCCGCAACUCCAACUACACAGAGAUUUAUCCAGCAGGACGGGUGACCCUACCAGUGGGCUCUCCGUUGUUCGUGGGGGUCUCUUUAGAUGAGAGGGAUACAAACUUUGCAGCUGUUCUGGAGGACUGCUACGCCACUCACUCAUCAAACCCUGAUGAUCCCAUGCGAUACUCUUUCAUCCAGAACAAGUGUCCCACUGACCACCAACAGGUGUCAGUAGUCGAGAGCGGCUCAUCUCGCAUGGCUCGUUUCUCUGCCCUGUUCUUCCUGCUCCAGGAUGAAUACCGAGACGUUUUCCUUCACUGCAGCCUCAGCCUGUGUGACCAGGAGAGCUCCUCCUGUGUUCCAUCUUGCACAAGGAGGACACGUCGUUCUAUUUCGACCUCUGCUCCUAUGAAGCCACACACUAUUGGACCAAUCAUGUGGGAAAAGUCACCGGAGUGAGCUGGUUACAUACAGUAACAACGCACACACGUGUUGUGCUGUGAUAUUAUUUUCUUUUAAGAUGUUUUUUAAUUCAUAUUAAUCAUUCAUUACCGCAUACUUUUGUAUUAUUCAAUUCUACAAUGUA